GGGGGUGUGAGAGGAGAGUCCAAUUCGGGCCGGGGACCACUGGCAGAGGCGAGGGGCGGGGCCCGAGUUCUAGGGGCGCGAUGAUUGGCUGAGCGAGCGGGCGAGGGCGAGGCCUGGACGAGAUGGGGCGGAACCAGAAGGCCUCUUCAAAGCCCUGACAUCAGGCAGCGGCCCGAACCUUGCCUUCCUCCGCCCCUCGUUCCCGGGCCGUUGCCUCAGCCGCAGCCUCAGCCGCAGCCGCAGCCGUACCUGCCAUGGACCCAGUGGAUCCGGCCCGGCCCGGCCCCGGCCAGAGCCCUCGGCCUGGUGACUGACAGAAGGUGACCACUGUAGCAAUUGUAGUUGUGAUAUCUUCAAAUUGCUGAGCUGAGAGAGAGCUUGAUGUCUCAGGAAGUUGAGGAACCAGCUGGGGACCCUGGAAUCCCAAAGCCAGGAAGCAGCAUUAACAUGGAGUUAGGGACUCGCCAAGAGCUUUUGCAUCGACUUCGGGAACUGGAGGCAGAAAAUUCAGCACUGGCCCAGGCCAAUGAGAGUCAGCGGGAGACCUAUGAGCGCUGCCUGGAUGAGGUUGCCAACCAUGUGGUACAGGCACUUCUGAAUCAGAAGGACUUACGUGAAGAAUGCAUCAAAUUGAAGAGGAGGGUAUUUGACUUAGAACGGCAGAACCAGACAUUGAGCACUCUCUUUCAGCAGAAGUUACAACUUUCAGCAGGUUCUCUUACACAGCUCCCAUUACAUCCACUACAAUCAAUUUCAGAGCCACUAGCCACCACCCUCCUGAAUACCGAAGAAGGACCAGCAGCCUUACUGUCAAUGGGGCCCUGUACUGGACAAAAAGAGGUAGGCUGUGAGCAGCAGCAACAGCAGCAGCAGCAGCAGCAGCAGCAGCAGCAGCAGCAGGCCUUAGGUAGCCUGGGCCCCCAAUUGGAUGCUCUUUCCCCAUUUCUGAAGAAAAAGGCUCAGAUACUGGAGGUGUUGAGGAGCCUAGAAGAAACUGAUCCCCUGUUACUGCAUCCCAUCACAGCUUCAUGGAGGGCAACAGGGCAGUGUUCCCAAGGGGAUCCCAGCAUCCAUUCUGAUUGUUCCUUCAAGGGCAAGGCAGGUGAAAAAUGGAAUCCAGGUGAGAGGCUGGGCUCCCCAGAACCAGUCAAUGGUGAAGUGUGUACCUCAUCCCUGCCAGAGCCUGCACCCUGGGCAUCCUGCUUACUCCUGGGCCAUAGUGGACUAGGGGGACUACUCCGGUGGGAACCUGUCCUGGGGAGCCCACUGGGUGAGGACAAGUUGGGAAGACUUUGGGGCAUGGGCCAGGAAUCCCAGAGGUCCCCAGCACCACAACCUGGCCUCCACAGUGGACAAGGCAGCAGCAGUAGCUCUUCCUCAGAUGAAGCUGGAGAGCCAGGGGAAGCAUUGACACCAGCUGCCCUUCUCAAUGCCUUGGCCCGAAAGCAACUGAACCUGGAUCAGUUGCUGGAGGACACAGAAUCUUACCUACAGGCCUUCCUUUCAGGGGCUGGAGGGCCCAACAGUGGAAUUACACCCCCUGCCAAUGGUCCUGGCUCAGGACAACCACCCCUGCCCAAUAAAGGGCUUCCCCAGUCUCUAAGACCCAAAGGCCUUCCCAAGACAGCAUGGGGUGGGGUAGGAUCUGAACCCCUCAAGCCAGGCUUAAGCACUACCUCAGAGGGCAAUGGGGCCCUCCCCUUCCUCAGUGUGUUUGUGGAUGGGGGAGACACCUCUCCAGGCUCCUGGCCCAGUUACCCCCUUUCCUCAUCUCAGGUGAAAAGCGAGCUCCAAAUUAGCCCCUCUUCCCCUAUUGAGACCCAGGAACUCAACUUCUCCCCACCUAAAAGUCUCAAUUUCUUGAAGUUGUCUCUAGUCUCAGAGAAGGCCUCUAGCCCUGGCACCCCCCAUCUCAGUCCCCAGUUGCCCCGAAGCUCUCGGAUACCUUGUUGGAAUGGGGGUCCAGAUGGGAGUUCUUCUCCCAUGCUUACCCACCAAGGCCUUGGGGGUGAACUGACUCCUGAGAUAGUUGCCCAGCGCCAAUCCACCAGCUCCCCACCCACCCUCAUUGUGGACUCCAUCCAGUUUAGACCCACACAUCCAGCCCCAUCUUCUGUCCUUUCACCUGAGCCCCCAGCUUGUCCAAUCCCAUCUCGCUAUGAAAAUGUCUUGGAUCUUUCAACUGGCUCCUUUGGGGACCCAUGUCCAGAGCCAACCCUCACCUCCCUCCAGUCAUCCAGUUACCCACCACUGGCCCCAGAGACAAGGGACCAGAGUCUUAGGGGCCCACCUAGCCCCUGCCCACCUCAGCUCUGCCCUUAUGGGGGUAGCCAGGGGAAGGGUAGUGAGAAGGCAGGAUCGGAAUCUCCACAGGUUGGCUGGAAGGGCACAGGUGGCUCCACUAAAAAGCCAGGCAAUGGGGCAGGGAGACGGCCUGGGGAGCCAGGCUUCACCCCUCUCCGAGAGAGACUGAUAGCACUGGGAAAACUGAAGACAGGCCCUGAGGGAACCCCAAGCUCUGACAAGAAUGGUAGCCCUGGGAAGCUGGCAAUAGAAAAAGCCCGGCUGCCAGGAAGGCUGAGGGAAGGGACUGCAGACACAGCCCCCAGUUCCUUCAGGCCCCUGGAGCCCACUGAGGCGAAGGGGCUCCCACGGGGCGCAGUGCCCCUGGGUACUAACAGCCUGAAGCAGCAGGACCACGGGUCUUCUGGUGAACCAGGUCCUCGCUGCUACUCUUCCCACUCUAUGGGUGCUCGUCUUGACCUGGACCCUGUUUCAUCUCGUGGCUGCCUCACCAAAGUGGAGCUGGCAAAAAGCCGGCUGGCAGGAGCACUGUGUCCCCAGACCCCACGGACCCCAGUCAAACUGCCUACCACAGUGCCCAGCUCAGGCAAAUCCAACAAAAGCCCCCAUGGCAGUCCCACCAAGCUGCCCUCCAAGUCACCCACCAAGGUGUUACCCCGCGGUGGAUCUCCCCAAGUGUCCAAGGACCUAGUAAAGUCCGAGAAGGGCAAGGGGCCCCCUUGGGCAGACUGUGGUGCCCCUUCCCAGCCAGUGCCCAAAGUAGCUGGCCCAGGGGGCCAAGGCCAUGGUUCUGAGGGGCCGAUGCUCCAUUCAGCCAUAGAGGAGAAGGUCAUGAAGGGCAUCGAGGAGAAUGUGCUCCGACUACAGGGCCAAGAUCGGACACCAAGCACAGAGGCCAAGCACCGCAACUCAAGCAGCAUCGUUAGCUGGUUUGGACUGAAAAAGAGCAAGCUGCCAGCCCCGAGCCGCCGAGCAGAUCCUGGAAAGAACAAGGAAAGUCUGGGGGGCACACCCCUUGGCAAGGGGGGUAAGCAGGAGGCCCGCAAGCUGGAGACCGAGAGUCUCAACAUCUCCAAGCUGAUGGCCAAGGCCGAGGAUCUACGGAAGGCCCUGGAAGAGGAAAAGGCCUACCUCAGCAGGCAGGGCCGGGGCCGGCCAGGGGGCCCGACAAGAGGUACAAGUGGCAGCGAGGUGGUGCUGGGCCAGGCACAGAACCAGCUCACCAUCAUGUACCAGGGCACCGACACCUUCAUGCAGCAGUUGCUCAACCGGGUAGAUGGGAAGGAACUGCCCCCUGAUAAUUGGCAAGAGUCCAAGCAAGAUUUUGGAGAUUUUCAGUCAUCUGUUCCUGAAACCAAGGGCCUCCAGCCACUCCGAAGCCCCCGAAAUGGCCUAAUUGGUCAAAGUGCCAACAAGUCAUCUGGGAAGAAGAGCAGUGAGCUGGCCCAGAGGGAAGCGGCCCCUGCCGAGGACGGACUCGCUGAGCUCAUCCCAACCCCGAAUUUCACAGCCUGUAGCUCCCUAACCCGAACUCUGGACAGCGGCAUUGGAACCUUCCCACCACCAGACCACGGUAGCAGUGGAGUCCCUAGCAAAAACCCACCCAAGCCAAAGCCUUCUCGCCUGGACCCACCCCCUACUGAGCAUUUGGCCCGAUCCUACCCCCUUACCAAGGUUCCCCAGCGUGCCAGAACACUGGAUCGAGAGGUGCCUGCUGUGGAAGAGCUACUGGUGGGCGGAAGGAACCCAAGUGUCCCUGCAUUCCAUGCUCUGCUUUCUCCCACUCCUAGGCACCAUGGGCACAAGGCCUGCACAGAUGAUUCCAGUGGGCACCCUGGACGGCCACCCCCAAUUCAGCUCUCCAAAAACUGGACUUUCCCUAACACACGAGCUGGUGGCAACUCUUCUGACCCCUUCCUUUGUCCACCCCAUCAAUUAGAAGGGCUUCCCAGGACACCUCUGGUCCCCCCACUUGAGAGGAAGCAGGGUUCAGAGGGAGGCCACCCGCCUCCAACAACCUCUGGCCCAACUUUUAGUGGCAGUCGUACGCCCAGCACCUCAGACAUGGGAGAGGAUGGACGCGCCUCCGGUGGGGGCCCUCCUGGACUGGAAACGUCAGAAUCCCUCAGUGAUUCUUUGUAUGACUCCCUAUCCUCUUGUGGGAGCCAAGGCUGAGGUGGAGAACCAAAUGCUGGAAAUAUUCUUUGCUCACCACCCCAAACCAGAAGUGGAGACAAUAGAUUGUACUCAUAAACUCCUUGUUUUUUGUGGACCAGAAUAAGGGAUUUCUCUGCUUUGGGACCUAGUUUGAAGCACAUCCCCCAGGAGAAAAAUAGGUGGAGAAGAAGAAAUUACAGUUCACCCUCCCGUCUAACCUAAACCACCCAUUGGAAGGAUCAGAUAACUGGUCUCAACUUAGAGACUCCAUCUUAUCCUUUCUCUUACUCAGAACAAGACCUUGACUUUCUGCCCCAUUUUGAAACCCAGGGGUGCCAUAUUAUGGUGCUGGGAUUCCCCUCACUCUCCCACUGGCUGUCCCAUCUUUGCUACUUGGCCUCCAGUCUGAUGUGACUACUCACCAUCUUCUAACACCCACCUUGGAUAAAGGCCAGAAAACGGUGGAUUGGAAGGAAGCCAGAAGGAGGUGUUGGAGUCUGCCUUCUCUCCCCCAUCUCAUUUGCCCCAAGGUCUCAGUGCCCCUCUGUGGGCCUCCUUGCUCUUUGGAUGGUGCUGUCCUGACCCUUACCCCAUGUCUCUGGGGCUUUGUUUAGGAGGAGAGUUGUUCUGUUUUGUUUAAUUUUGUUCACAUUAAAAUCAUUUCCUCUCUUGUUUUC